AUGGACAGCCCAAGCCCUCUAGACCGUAUCCUUCGCACCACAACUCUUAUCUCUUUCUUCCCUGCUUUGGGCCUCCUAAUCCCCUAUGGCAUUGUGUCAAACACCGUCUUUCCUGCCCUUGGGCUGGUACCUGCAUUCUUCUCUGCUAUCCUCGGUCUACUCUCCUUGAUGGCAAACUUUCGAUGGAGUCAAUUGGCUUUGUACAUGGACACGUUCCUCGCCAUCUCAAUUCUCAGCAUACUGCUGCCGUUCUGGGUGCUCAAUGCUGGCAGCAGGCAAUGGUGGAACAGCGCCGGAGUCGUUAUGCUGGGAACAUAUGGUACAGUGCCAUUGUUGAUGAACUUCUGGAUCCACGCCUUCUUCGUCGUUCGUCACCUCUUCAAAAUGUGUGAAACAUUUACACUCACCCGAACUUGCCCAAAUUGUCGUACAAACAUUCGUGCAGGAUUCGUUCCUAGCAUCACUCGCCUUUCGGCUGAAAAGCCUCGCCACUCUUGUGAGAGUGAGGCGCAGUAUCAACCACUGAACGCUUCCAAAUACGAUGAUGACGCAAGAGUGUCAUCUGAGGCUGGUACACUGUACAGACCAAGUAUGGAUACGUUGGGGUCUUCGGAGACGGUUGUCAAGUUGAUCUAA